UUAAGUCAUAUUUUUAUCACUCAUGAUAAAUUACAUGAUAAAGUGAUUCUACUAAUAUUCACUGAUUUAUUUACACCAUAUUUACAUAAUAUAUUCAGAUAAUGCAAAAAAAUGGUUAUUUUUAUGAAAUAUGCUGGGCGAUUUAUCUGAAUAUAUAAAUUAAACGUAAUUUGGAAAGAUUAGUAAAAUACGAACUUCAACUUGUUUAUCAUCUUUAAUGCAAUAUAAUUCCAAAUUUCUACAAGAAGAUUAUUGGUACUCUUCUUCAAUGGAGUUCAGUAAUACAAAAAUUUUAACUGUUGGAUUAAGCUGUGUUGAUAUAGUACAAACAUGUAAAUAUUAUCCUCUUGAGGAUUGUGAACAAAAGUCUGUUGAAUAUAAACAGCAAAGAGGUGGAAAUAGUUCAAAUACAUGCACUGUUCUUUCUUUGUUAGGAAAUUUGUGUGAAUUCUUAGGAGUAUUUAGUGCAGAAGAAUAUACUAAUUUCUUACAAAAUGACAUGAAAAAAUAUAAUAUUGAUUUUUCACAUUGUCCUGAGAUCAAAGGUGUUGGAUGUCCUGUAUCAACAGUUAUACUAAGUUUAAGUACUGGAACUCGUACAAUUUUACAUUAUAAUCUGGAUCUACCAGAAUUGACAUUAAAAGAUUUUAUGCAACUGAAAUUGCAGAACUACAGUUGGAUCCAUUUUGAAGGCAGAAAUAUAACAGAAGUAUUAUCUAUGAUGCAAAAUAUAGAAAGCUACAAUAAGUCUAUGAGAUUAUCAGAUAAGCAAAAUAUAGAAAAAAGUAAUAAAUGGAAUAUGACUAUUACUAUUAGUCUGGAGAUAGAAAAAUCUAUACCUGAAUUAUUAGAUUUAUUAUCUUAUGUCGAUAUAGUAUUUAUAUCAAAAGACUUUGCAAGAAGUAGAGGAUAUAACAAUAUGAGUGAAACAUUGAAAAAUAUCAGUGCAAAAACUAAACCAGGAACAAUUAUUAUUUGUGCUUGGAGUGAUAGAGGUGCAAUGGCAUGUAUUUCGGAUGGAGUUACAGUACAAUCACCAGCUUUUCCACCACAAAAAAUAAUAGACAGUCUUGGUGCUGGGGAUACAUUUAAUGCAGGGGUUAUACAUUAUUUGAACAAAGUAAAAAUUUCUGCUAAAAAUAAAGACAAAGGUUCUUCAAACAGUCCUGUUAAAAAAAGUCAGUCAAAGAAACAUGAUAUUGAAAAUUCAAAAUUUAGUCAAACAGAAUUUAUUGAUCAAAAUAUUCUACAGGCAGCUAUAACCUUUGCUUGUCAUGUUGCUGGUACCAAAAUAGGAAUGAAAGGUUAUGAUGGUCUUGAUAAGAUAUUUACAAAAUUCGAAUAAAUUUAUAUAUUUAGAAAAAAAGGAUCGAUUUCAUCUUAAAUAUAAUACUAUUUUUAGCGCAAUAUAUAUUAAUCAUACAGAUUUAUUUUAGUAAUUAAACGUAUUGAGCAUUUUUAUAUGUAAUAUUUGAUAUUUGAUACAUAAUGUAGGGUUCUGUAAUAUUAAAUCUAGGAGAAAAGAAUAGCACCAGGGGAUCCGAAGAUGUUGUGCCUGUCUUUUAGACGCUAUCAUGUUAAUCUUAUACAAUAUUUUAUCAUAAAUAUCAUAAUAAUAACUGAUAUUUUAGAAAUAUAAUGAUUUGAUAUGAGAACAUUAUUUGUAAAUAAUUUUAUAAUAUUCCAAAAUUAAUAAAUUAUUAUAAAUUUGUACAUUAUCCUAUAAUGAUAUAAACAUAUAAUUAUACAGGUAUAUAAAAAUGUUGAAUUAUAUUGUUAAAUUAUAUGAUGAUUCUUUAAAUGGAUAAAAUUACUUGUACACAGUUAUCUUUGAGUGGAAUCUUUGUCAAUUAUGAACAGCAGUACAAUUUGAUACAAUACAAUACUAACAUAUAAUCUUUAUAUAUAUUAUAUAUAAAAUGUGUUAAUUAGAAUCCUGAAAAUAAUAAACAAUGGUAAAUAUACCUGAUUACUUAUAAUAAACUAUAUAUUUAUCUUGAAAGGUUAGAAGCAAAUGUAUAUAUGAAUUAUAUAAAUACUGAUUUAACUCUUACAUUUAUCAGCAAUCAUUUGUCAUAUCUUGACACGUUCUUGCUUCGCUGUGCUUAUCUGCCAAUGCUUCUAAUAUAUCCAGCAAUAAUUCUCUGCUCAAUUGCUUCAAUCUUGGUAGUCUUGCAACCUUAUGAAUAUAAAUAAUAUAUGUUGGAUAAUAAAAUUUAUAUAUGUAAUAAUAGCAUUCAUUAUUUAAAUGAUUAUAAAUUACCUUACUGAAAUGAUGUACUAUAAGAUUUAAUGCAUACUUUUUAAUGUCACUAGCUUGCAUUCUAUCUGCAGCUUCUAAAAUUUGUAUAACAUUUUCAAAAGUAACAUUCAUUUCAAGAUUUUGUUUGCAAAAUGCUUGUAACCGAUUAUUUGUAAAACCAUAAAAAACUGGAGCUGUAAAUAAAUACAAAGAAUCUUCAGGGGGCAUUGAAACAUCUGCAUAAUAAAUGUAUCUCAUUAAAGAAGCAAAUGAUUCUGCUGAUGGAAUCAUCUCGCCAAUUUGUAUCUGUAACAAAUUAUUAAUAUUACAAAUAAACUAUAUUAUAUAGAUUUAAUAGUAAAUUUAUUACCCACAUUAACAAUAUUAUUUUCAGGCAUGAAAGAGCGAAACAUGCCUUCAAAAUAACUGCAUCGUGCUGCGAGAACAGCUUUGUGUGCUGGUAUAGGCACACCAUCCAACAUCAAAAUUAUAUCACAGAAUUCUUUACCAAUACUUAUUAAAAAUGCCUCCAUAUCUUGCUCUAAAGUUGUUCCUAAUAAAAAUAAAUUAUUAUUGAAAAAUAUUCGAAAUUAAUUUCAAUGAAACAUACCUGUACCAGAUUCGUAUUGUUUUGAAAAGUUUCUCGUUUGUGGCACUUGUCGUCUUCUAAUAAUUUCUACCAUUAAUGGUUGAUCCAAUGUCUCAAAUUCUUGACUCAUAACGAUUUGAUUGUAAUUACUUUCCUUUACUAUAAAACUAAGACAAAAUUCUUUAAUGAAGUAUAACUUUAAAUGUGCAGCAUUAUGUAAGGCUUCCAAUACGUUUGCAUGACUUAUAGUUGCUUCUAAAUAAUGCACACAUAAUUGUUCUAAACGUUUCAUAUUAAAUUGAACUGCAAGACGAUAAACAUCCAUCAUAAGAAGGACGAUGCCAUUGCUUAAAGGAUCAUCAAAUCGACUAUUUGAUGUAUCCUCAAAUCUUUUUGUAGGAUCAAUACGAUCCGUGUAGAUAUAAUUUAAUACCAUUUCAAAAGCUUCUGGAACAGCAUCUUUUAAUUUUACCUACAAAAAUAACAUUUUAUUGUCAUGUUUCAUAAAAAAAUUGAUUUUUUUUCCUCUAAAUUGAUAGUUAUUUAAAAUAUACCUCUAAUAAAGGUAAAUCUUUAACUGGUACAUCUGCAGAACCUAAAACUUCUUCCAAAUGUU